AUGGAAAAUGAAGUGUAUAUCUUGUGGAACUAUCAGUUUGUUUUGGCCUUGACUUUUGCUAUGGAAGAGAUCAACAAAACUCCUGCUCUUUUACAUAACUUGACUCUGGGAUUUGAUAUCUGUAAUGUUCAAGAUGGAUUGCCAACAGCAUUUAAAAGUCCCUUCAUUUGCUUUUUUGGGAACUACACGGUUCCUAACUACUCGUGUAUACGUGGCAGCAAGUCUAUAGGAGCACUUACAGGACCAUCAGUAAUAUCAUCUGCCCAGAUAGGCCCAUUGCUGGACCUCUACAAGUUUCCACAGCUCACCAUUGGGCCUUAUGAUCAGGCCUUGAAUGACCACAGGAAGUUCCCUGCUCUCUACCAGAUGGCCUCGAAGGACACGUCCAUAGCCACUGCCAUGGUCUCAUUACUGGUUUACUUCAGAUGGAACUGGGUGGGACUGUUCAACUUUCUAGAUGAGAAUGGCUUGUGGAUUCUUCCUCUACUGAAAGAAGAGAUGGACAAGAGCAGAGUUUGUGUUGCCUUCGAGCUAGCAAUCCAAAGCUAUGGCCUAUCAUUUGAAAGCAUGGCACUGUAUAACCAGAUUAACAAAUGUUCAUGGGAGUCCCCCUUGAGGAGGAGAUCUUUAAGGCGAGGUUCAUUCCAUGUCCUUCUAACUUUUUCACACCGUCACCCAGAUGUUUCUGGAUUCACAGAUUUUGUCAAGGCAGUGAACCCUUCCAAAUACCCAGAAGACUAUUUCCUUGCUCGGCUGUGGUUUCUCUCUUUCAAUUGCUCACAUUCUGAGUCUGACAGUGUUACAUGGCAGAACUGUCCUCGUGAUGCCUCCUUGGAUUGGUUACCUGGGCACAUUUUUGACAUGACUAUGUCUGGAGAAAGUUACAAUAUAUACAAUGCUGUGUAUGCUGUGGCCCAGGCUCUCCAUGAGAUGCUGCUACAUCAAACAGAAGUACAAACAUUAGAAAACAGGAAAGAGACAGUGCCUUCCCCUGCACAGCUGCACACUUUUCUGAAGAACACCCAAUUUCAGAAUCCUGCUGGAGACCUGGUGAUUUUAGAUGAUAAAAGAAAAUUGGAGGCAGAUUAUGACAUUGUGAACACUUGGAAUAUUCCACAAGGUCUUGAUCUUAAGGUGAAAAUAGGACAGUUUUCUCCACUUGCUCUGCAUGAUCAUCAACUAUCUUUAUCUGAAGAUUUGGUAGAGUGGCCCAUAGAAACUACAGAGCCUGUUCUUUCUGUCUGCAGUGAAAGUUGUGGUCCUGGAUUCAGGAAAUCCCUACAGGAGGGAAAGGCUGCCUGUUGCUUUGAUUGUACCCCUUGCACAGAGAAUGAGAUGGCUAAUGGGACAGACAUGGAGCAGUGUGUGAAGUGUCCAGGUCACCAGUAUGCCAACACACAGAGAAACCAGUGCCUCCUAAGAGCUGCAAGCUUCCUGGCUUAUGGGGAGCCCUUGGGGAUGGCCGUGGCCUGCAUGGCUCUUGGUUUAUCGACACUCACAGCAGCUGUCCUUGGGGUCUUUCUGAAACAUCACAACACCCCCAUUGUCAAGGCGAAUAACCAGGCUCUCAGCUACAUCCUGCUCCUCUCCCUCAUCUUCUGUUUCCUCUGUCCCUUGCUCUUUAUUGGCCGUCCCAACACAGUCACCUGCAUUCUACAGCAAACCACAUUUGGAGUUGUAUUCACUGUUGCUGUUUCUGCUGUUUUGGCCAAAACUGUAACUGUGGUUCUGGCCUUCAAGGUCACUACUCCAGGGAGAAGGAUGAGGUGGCUGCUGGUGUCAGGGGCUCCUAACUUCAUCAUUCCCAUCUGCACCCUGAUCCAGGUGACUCUAUGUGGGAUCUGGCUGGGAACCUCUCCUCCCUUCAUUGACACAGACACACACUCUGAACAUGGCCACCUCAUCUUCCUGUGUAACAAGGGCUCCCUCACUGCCUUCUACUGUGUCUUGGGAUACCUGGGCUCCCUGGCCCUGGCCAGCUUCACUGUGGCUUUCCUGGCCAGAAACCUGCCUGACGCCUUCAAUGAAGCCAAGUUCCUGACCUUCAGCAUGCUGGUGUUCUGCAGUGUGUGGCUCACCUUCCUGCCUGUUUACCACAGUGCCAAGGGCAAGGUCAUGGUGGCUGUGGAGGUCUUCUCCAUUUUGGCCUCCAGUAUAGGGCUCCUGGGCUGCAUCUUUUUCCCCAAGUGCUACAUCAUUUUGAUAAGGCCUGAUAAAAAUUGUGUGCAUGGCUUUAGGGACAGAAAAUACCCUGGGCAAUUUAAGCCCUCCUAA